UUAUCCGUCAUCUGAUUGGUCAGAAAACACGUGCUUGGUCUGACACUGGCUAUGAAUACGAUUAAUUGAUUAAGAAGGGAUGAUCCACUUCUCUGUAUAGAAAUGUAUGUGUGUAUUAAUGUGUGAUGUGAUAGCCUUUCAUUUCUUACAGUAAUCACUCCAAUAAGUUCAUCAGUUGAGACGGAUCAAGACUCCCAAGGCGUUACAGUGCUGUUUACGCGAACACCCUUCUUUACUUCACCUUGGUGACUGCUUCUUUGCAUUUUCACUCUGAAGAGUUUUCUGUUUUAUAAUGCCAAGGACUAGGUCCUCUCCUAGAAACGUUCCCAAACUGGUACCAAAGGCCACAGCCUCUUCUGUGACCCCUCCCAUGACGCCAACAGAGGAAGAGGCUCUGGGUAAACUUAAAGUCCCGCCCACAAAGAAGAGAAAGUCAAACCAACGUCCGGUGGGUAAGAAGGACGCUCAGGGAGAUAACGAAGACCCUGCAACCGGUGGUGGGAGUGACCUUGGAUCAUGUGACACGUCUUUUGAUGCGUAUCCAGAUGAAGAUACUAAGACCAAUAGUUCAGCCUCCUCGUUGAUAGAGGGUCAAGGUACCUCGUAUUCGUCUCAACCUGUCGGUCAGCAGCUGUUGGAGCAGCUGGAGAAAGGGAAGAGAAGGAAGUCUGGUGGAAAGACAGGGAGUAAGAAACCGGCCAAAGCUUGUGCUCGGUGUGGCAGCACUGAAGGACGACUCUUGGGAGGCAGAGCAAGGAAGUGUACCAUAUGCAGGCUCAUAAAGUUCCCCCCUCAGCCGGACUCCUCCUCCUCUCCUGUGCUUCAAAAGACAAAACCAAGCAAGGACUCUGUGACCAGUUUCCACGAUGACUCGGAGGACGAGGGUCCUAAGAAAGACGAUAAAUCGUCCCCUCCUCUCCUGGUAUCUGUAGGGUAUGGAGGAAUACCCAGUGUCAAGAAUAAUAUUUAUGAGACCAUCCCUCCCAAGUCUCCCUCUGAAUUAACUAAAAUUCUAAAAAGGAAGCUCCUAAGCUCUGACGAUGGAGCAGCACCCACUCCUAAAAAAUCCUUUUCUGAGUCAGCUGCAAGUGAUAACUCUUUGCUAGCGACUCCUCCGUUGCAAGGAGGAGGAGGUGGUGGUGGUGGUGGUGGUUCGGGAGAGUCUGGUAGUAUUUCUUCUCCUUUGCUGGAGUAUGCUCAGAAGAUAUCAGCCCGAGUGAUGAUACCGCCUGAGAUAAUAACACCAGAGCCAGCACGAAAAAUGAAGCAAGUGAGGAAAGGUGGUCCAAACAAGAUACCAGCUGGCUCUACUUAUAAGAUUUAUAAAGGUAUCAAGGCUAAACGUGGGGGAGGUGAUUCUACCCUGACUCCUCCCACAACCACACCUACCAAGCAUGAUGAUAAUGUUACGUCUUCAAGUGAAAAGUCUCCUCCUCCUUCACCAGUGGUUGAUGUGGCUCCUUCCAUUGCUCCUCCUCCUUUACAAGCUACUCCAGCUGUUCCGAGCUUUGUUGAUGAUUUGUCCUCACGUCACUCUGCCCCGCCCAUUUUCUCACCUUCGGAUUACGUCCCGGAUCCAAAACCUUCUCCUCUCACUUCGGAGUCUCUCAUUGUUUCCGUGACAACGAAGCCUCAUGAUCCAACGAUAAACUCAAUCAGGACCCUCCACUCUUAUCCUAGCCAGUCCUCUUCUCUACUCCAUUCCUUCUCCUCCUCUUUGCCUCUCAAACGCUCCCUCACUCCUCCUACUUACACCAACUCUUCUUAUCCUCCUCCUCCUCUUAUCACUUCUCACACUCCCUCCUCCUCAUCCAGGUCCCUCUACUCUCCUCCUCUCUUCCCUAGGUCUGGUCCUCCUCCUCCUUUGGUCUCUGUCUCUCAAAGCUUAGAGAGAGGGAGAGUGGGUCCUUACAACAAUAACUCUUUGUAUUUCUCUUCAUCUCCGCCUCCUUUAACAAGAGAUGAUAAGAGUGCAUUAGUCACUCAUCAUCCAGUUAUUGUUGGUCCUCCUCUCCUUGGGAAGAAAGCACCCAACGAAGAGCCCUUGGGUAAAGAGGUGAUCCCCAUAGACACUGGGACUGAGACCACAGAGGAAGAGAGAGCUAAUGGCUUAGAAGAAAGCACAGAGGAUGAGUCCAGUAUUAUUAAUAAUUACGCAAGAAGGAGGGGAGAUGAUAACAGCACUCUCCCUGCUACUAGUGAGAGUACUAAUGAGUUGAGCCCUGCUGAAACCCCAAAGACUAAGCAUAAGCGAAAACAGAAACUGGAGCUGGUCAAGAGUACAGGGUUUGAUGAGGAGGUGGAGGGAGAGGGCGGACUGAAGAUAUUGAAAAAGAAAAAGAAGAAGAAGAAGAAAGAGAGAGAAAAAGAGAGAGGAGGGAGCGGGCAUCAUCAUCACAAGGAGCAUCAUCGCUCGGAGAAAAAGAAAAAGAAGAAAUCCAAGAAGAAGGAUAGGUCGGACCACGAGACUGCAUCACAGACUGAGGAAGAUGAUGAUGAGAUUACUACUGAAGCCAUUAGUAAAGAGACUACUACAGGCCACUCGAAGAGAAAUGUUUCACUGUACAGUGUUAUCACAAGAGGGGUGACAUACCAUCAGUUGAAAUGGGGCAUAUAUAGAAUGACCUUAUUAGUCCCACACCCGAAAUCCCAUGCCACGCCUGUCCAUGAGACCACGCCUCCCUCUUCCGAGAAACUCACCACGCCAACGAGAGACAGGGAGAAGGAGGAGUCUGUUUCCACGACGACUCGUUCCCUUCGAAGUAGCGGUAGGAAGAGACAGAGAGAUACAGAGGAGGAGAGAGAGGACCAGGACCUGUCACAGCAACAGUCACAGGAAGAGGAGGAGCCUAUUGUCACUAAAACCAAGAAAACAAGGAAAGGAAGAAAUAGGACGCAGCAGGUGGAAGAAAUAAACCGAGUCCCUCAUCCUCCUCCUCCUCAAUCUGAAGAAGCAAUGGAGGAAAGGGAAGAAAAGACUAAUGAUUGUGAAGAUGAUAUUCCUCCAUCUUUCUCCAUAUUUGAGUUGCGUAACAAACUAUUUCUUGAUUACCCUCCAAGAACAGUUCACGCUUUGACUUACAAACUGAAGGCAAAGACCCAAAGACCUCCGCUAAACUGGAUUCAUGUACUGAGGCAUAUGGGGGGACUGCCUGAGAACUGUCAUACUUGUCGUCUGAUUGACGUUGAGGUUGUGAAGCAGAUGUGUCAACUGUAUAACAUACCCGUACCUCACUCUAUCACGCUCCUCCUCAACGACACACUGUCAGAGAAAAGAAAAGUUUAUGAUUUGAGAGAUGUGGAUCCUGUUUCCUUUAUAUCUAAUUCUGAGAUACUGUCUCUCAGGGUGCCUAAAUGUGAUUUCAAUGCUACUCUACCAAAAAAGAAAUCAUCGCGUGAAUCAAAAGCUCACAAACUCAUUCCUAAAACUAAAGCUAGUGAUAGUAUCGUGACCACUCCCUCUCAAUUAACUGACGACACUCAGUCCCAACUGACAGAAGAGGAUGAGAUUGAAGAGACAAAAUUGCCAGCUCCACCUCCUGCCCCGCCUCUUUUAAUCACCCCCAGCUCAUCUAAUGACUCACCAAGACAACCCAAACCGUCGUCAUCUGGUUCAAACCCUAACUUAGCUGCAGGAGGAGGAGCAGGAGGGAGCCUCCGUAAGAAGCCCUGCCCUCAUUGUGGUGUUAGCAUGCUCUGCAAAUCAAAGAAAUGCCGUAACUGCGGGAAACUUUUCGGAGUCUUUACUUUUGGGCGUCGAAUAUGUACGAUGUGUGGUCAUAUUAAUUUGGCUCGCAUGGCAGCUUGUUUUAGGUGCUCUCAUCCAUUGGAUAGGGCCCCUAGUGCUCACCCUAAGGAUGUCAUUAAUCCUAAGGAGUAUGUUGAUACUGGAGGGAAGUGGCCAGCCUCUAGCAGCAGUAGUAAGGUUGAUUUCAAGUUUGGUGUUAAGAGACGAAGGAAGCAUCACACGACUCCACCUCCUGUACCCAGGACCAAGCACUCACAUGCUGCUGGAGGAGGAGAGGAAGGAGGAGCUAGUGGUCCUGAAACCAUUGAUGAUAUAUUUAAUGAGCAGCUCGACAGUCCACCUGAAAAGAAAAGGAAGAAAAGGCACGAAGGUUAUAAGUAUGGUAAGAUACCGUGGUCAGAUGCUGACUUGGCACUUGUUAUUACUUCCCGUGGAAUACCGAAAUUCUGUUUACAGGAGAUGUGCAAUAAGGUAUUGAAGUAUCACAAUAAGAGUGAUGUUUUUGAGUUGGUCAAGAACCUUCACCUCUCGCUAGAGCAGGGCAGCACUAACUUACUCAAGAAGCUCCAAGCACUUGGACUUCACCCCAACAGGUCACCGAUAUGCAAGUUGAUAUCAUCAGAGGAUCUCUUUGCUCUAAUGGAUGCUCUUGAAGAACCUGUACCUGAAGAAGUACAUCAACACUUGGAGACUAUCAGUUCCCAUAGCACUCCAAUGAGUCCUGAUUCACUUAAUUCCGGUGAUGUUGCCAAUGCAUCUCCUUCUCUGACAGUCCCUGGUUCAUCUUCUCACAACCACACCUCUCACCCUCCCCACCCUCCUCUCUCUGGCUCCAGCUCCCUCUCACUGGUCAGAGGAAAGGAAGCAGAGACCGAGAAUGAGUUUGAGUCAACACUCCAUGACAUAAGGUGCAGUGAUGGUCAAUCUCUUUCAAUGCUGAGGACAUGGAAUGGAGAACACUUCUUGUGUCUUCUUGAAGUGUGGAGACGUUAUUUCCCCGAGGUUAACAGGAGUCAUUUGACAACAGUUAUAAAAAGGUUACUGCUAGAGACACAGAUCCCAACCACCCAACAGACCAAUCUCCUCAGAGCAGCCAAUGUCAUAUCAAUGAGGGGAGCCCCUGGUAGGCUAAUAAAACUGAGGGACGUCCAGAAGCUUAUGGAUGACUUUGGAAUCCCGAUUAGUGUCGGAAGGCAAUACGAUGAAGACCCAAAAUUGGAUAGUAGACUUAUUCCAGCAUCAAGGCUACCACGCCGUUCAUACUUAUCAUCAUUAAUGACUGCAGAUAAAGCUGAAAUGAAAGAAUAUUCUGAUUGCAUGAAGAAUAUAGUUGAUCUUGUUGAGUCUGCUGAUAUCCAGUCCAUACUUGAUGGAAUUGCUACCAAAUCAAAUGAGGAGAGCAACGGAAUGGAAAUAGAAAUUACAGCUCUUUCUGAUGAGCUUGAUCUGUUACAGCGCUCGCUCCACGAGGGUAGAGAUCUUUGUCAGGCUCUCUCGGAUGAGAUAUCGUUCCUCACUGUCAUUAGUUAUACCAAGAUGUCUGAGAUGUCACGUUUAUCAAAGCUCUCCAUUCAAUCGCUCCACGAAUUGGAUCCUCUUCUUGACGCUGUACAAUUAAUGGAGCUUGCUUCUCAAUAGAAUUAAACUAUUCCUUAAGCCUAAUGUUGGAUUGACUUUUGAAGGAUCAAAAUUUUCUUUUUUUUUCUUUCUUUAUAGGAACAUACAGCCAUGCACUUACAAAUGCAAAAACUUAUUGUUUUGUCCUUUUUCUCUCUUUAUAUCUUCUCUCUUUAUAUCUCCCCUCUUUCUAUCUCCCCUCUUUAUAACACCCCUCUUUCUCUCUCUUUCUCUGCUCAUAGAUGCCUAAUUGGAAGCAGUCACUGCUCAAAGCUGAGACUAUUAAAAUUAAACAUUUAUUAUUAGCAUUAUUAUUGUUGGUAAUAAUAAUGAUAGAUCUAUUAAAUAGUAUUCUUUUCUUGGCAUAAUCAAA